AUGAUUAAACUAUUUAAACCACGAAUAUGUUUAACAAAACCAUUAUUGCCGUCUUUAAGGCUAAAUAAUACCUUUCGUUUAUCAAGAACAUAUCACUAUUACCCAAAACUGCCAGCAUAUUCAAUACGACAAUUUGCAACAACUGGUAUAAAACCAGAUACUAUACCAUUAAAUACCCCAAAAAAGCCUAGAUCCAAUGGAUACAAAAAGUUGUUUUAUAUAGGAAUAGGUCUUGGAUUAACUGGAACUAUACUUUAUUAUACAAAUGAUAAAUUCAAACAUACAAUUUUGACAAUAGAUAGAGUCGGAGUGGUUGUAGUUGCCAUGACUAGGUGUUUUGCAUUAUAUAAAGAAACAUUAGGACAAGAAUUUAGUAGUCCAGAAAAACGACAAGAAGCAUUAUCCAAAACUCAUCAAAGAGCUGCAAAUAUAACAUUAAAAGCAUUGGAAAAAAAUGGAGGAAUAUAUAUAAAAUUAGGACAACAUUUAUCAGCAUUAACUUAUUUAUUACCACCAGAAUGGACAGAGACAAUGAUCCCAUUACAAGAUAAAUGUCCCAGAUCAUCAGUUGAAGAAAUUGAAAAAAUGUUUGAAACAGAUUUAGGUUUAAAUUUAUCAGAUAUAUUUAUUGAAUUUGAUCCUAAUCCUAUUGGAGUUGCAAGUUUAGCACAAGUUCAUAUAGCUAAAUUAAGAAGUAAUGGGGGGAAAGUAGCAGUAAAAGUUCAACAUCCAAGUUUAAAAGAGUUUGUACCAUUAGAUGUUGAAUUAAUAAAUAUGGUUUUCAAUCUUAUGUAUAAAGCAUUCCCUGAAUAUCCAUUAACUUGGUUAGGUGAAGAAACUCAAAACUCAAUAUUCACAGAAUUGGAUUUUACAAAGGAAGCUGAAAACUCCAAAAGGACUGCUGAACAUUUUAAAGAUUUUACAUUUUUGAAAAUUCCUAAAAUUUUACAAGAUGAGAAAAGAAUUCUAAUAAUGGAAUAUGUAUCUGGUGCAAGAUUAGAUAAUUUAAAUUAUUUAAAAAAUCAUGAUAUAGACCCGUCACAAGUAAGUACUUGUUUAACUCAUAUUUUCAAUGAUAUGAUAUUCACACCAGAUGUUGGUUUACAUUGUGAUCCUCAUGGUGGUAAUUUGGCUAUAAAAAGUGUACCUACAAAAAAAGGAUAUAAUUUCGAAAUUAUAUUAUAUGAUCAUGGACUUUAUAGAGAUAUUCCAUUACAAAUAAAACGUGAUUAUUCUCAUUUUUGGUUAGCUGUAUUAGAUAAUAAAAUUCCUGAAAUGAAAAAAUAUGCAAAUUUAAUAGCAGGUAUAGAAGGUGAACAAAAAUUUAAAAUUUUUAUAAGUGCAAUAACUGGUAGAACUCCAGAAGCUGUAUUAAAUAAUGAAAUUAAAAAGAAAAGAUCCAAAAAUGAAGUAUUUGAAAUUCAAUCACAAAUAAAUGAUGAUAAUUCUGGUGUAUUGGAAGAUUUAAUGGAUAUUUUAUCAAAUAUGCCAAGAAUGAUUUUGUUGAUUUUAAAAACUAAUGAUUUAACAAGACAUUUAGAUGAAAAUUUACAAUCUGAAUUAGGUCCUGAAAGAACUUUUUUAAUAAUGGCAAAUUAUUGUGCUAAAAAUGUUUAUGAUGAACAAAAUGAAUUAAUUAAUAUAAAAGAUACAGGAUUAACUUGGGUUUUUCAAAGAACUUUAAAUUGGUUUGAUUAUCAUAAAAGAUUAACUACAUUAUUUAUUUACGAUAUCUUUUUAAAAUUUCAUAACCUUAGAAUGAGAUGGUUUUAA